AUGUCUCCUUCAGCAACUGUAGAUACCGUCCCUGUCGUAGUGCCCAUCGCCGAGAAAGUUCUCCCUGUGCCUCCCAAGGAGCAAGCCCCAGCUGUCCAGCCUGAAGAAGAUGGACUCCUAAAGGUCCUGACGGGACACAAGGAGCCAUUGAAACUCAGCGGCGCCCUCGACCAGUUCGAGCAGUUCGAUGUCACCCCCGUGAUUGGCAAGGAGUUUGCCAACGUCGAUCUGGCUGAGUGGUUGCGUGCACCUAACUCUGACGAACUGCUCCGCGACUUGGCCAUCACGGUCUCCCAGCGCGGCGUCGUCUUCUUCCGCAAGCAGGACAACAUCACCAACGACCUGCAAAAAGAACUCGUUCAGCGACUCGGCCAACUCACCGGAAAGCCCGCGACGUCAGGGCUACACAUUCACCCCAUCACCAAUGCCUCACGGCCGACAGGAGGCGACGACCACGAGAUUAGCACCAUUUCCUCCGUGGGGUUCAAGUCGCUGUACGCCGACCGGUUCAAGAAGCUAUCGCAGAGCCAGAAGCGCAAUUGGCACAGCGACAUCACCUUCGAGCCUGUCCCCAGCGACUACGCCCUCCUGAGACUCACGGAGCUCCCCAAAACUGGCGGCGACACCCUCUGGGCCUCGGGGUACGAGCUCUACGACCGCAUCUCCAAGCCGCUCCAGGGCUUCCUCGACGAGCUCACCUUCUACUCCGCCCAGCCGGACUUUAACAACGCCGCCGCCCGCAACAAUUUCCCCCUUUACAGCGCCGAGCGCGGCGCCCCCGAGAACUUUGGCGAGGCCCUCGAGGCCAUCCACCCCGCCAUCCGCACCAACCCCGUCACCGGGUGGCGGAGCGUCUUCGCCGUCGGCAACCACGUCCAGAGGCUUAAUGGGCUCAGCGACGCGGAGUCGAAGUACUUCCUCGACUGGUUCGUCCAGCUGAUCGUCGAGAACCACGACUUGCAGGUCCGUCUGCGCUGGCAAAAUCCCAACGAUGUCGCCAUCUGGGACAACCGUAGCGUCUUCCACGCUGCCACCCCGGAUUACAUCAAUAAGGGCCUGGGAGAGCGCUCGGGCUCGCGCUCCGUGAGCUUGGGGGAGAAGCCCUACUUCGAUCCUCAGAGCACCAGUCGGCAAGAGGCGCUUGCUGCUGCUGGGGGGGCUUGA